UCGCGUCUGGAUGCUCUACGAACAGGAUGCCGUGCUUGGAGACGUUCGCGCUGGCUGCUCUGCUGGCUAUCGUUCCUGGACUGUGGUGGCCGACGGCUACGGCUUACCGCGUGGUCAUGAAGGCGGAUAUCGUUCGAGAUUUCCCCGGCAUGUGCUACGACGUAGCCAGCUGCGCUCCCCGUGCCCUGAACGAGAGCUGGGCCAUCGGACCUUGCUCGAGGGCGGCCUGUGAGACGGACGACUCCGGCAUUCUGCUCGAGGUUCACUACACUUGCCCUAGGCUACAGAACCGGCCCAGCCUUAUGUGCGACAUCAUCGAAGACAAGGGCCUUCCCUUCCCGGCUUGUUGUCCACGCAUGAUUUGCCAGCGCCACAAGAAACACGAAACGGUUCCGACGGUGACCAAGCCGCGUACCUUCAAGCCACACGCCACCGUCGACGACGAAUUGAAACGCAUCCCCUUCGUCCUGAAGAGAUUCCUGGAAGUCCAUAACACGACGCUCCUGGACGCCAUCAUCUUGUCCCGCAUCAGAGCCUUGGAGAAGCAAGCACAGAGGUCUAACCUGACCGCUCAGUCUGACGACGUCUUCGUCCCCGCCUACCAGGAAGAGAGGAAUACUACCACCGUCGAAGUGGUCACUGCACCUGCCGUUCUGGAGACGACGACGUCAACAGAGGUGACGUCUACAGCCUCUCAGACGACGACUACGGUUCGGAAUGAGGUGACCACGACGCAGACGCCAUCGACUACAACUGUUACUGCAGAACCUACAGCAGACACGACGUCUAGGCCAGACGUCACAACCAAAGUAGAGAGUCUCCUUGUGGAGGGCAAGAAAGGCUUCCAGAGCGCGUCACUCGAAGUAUCCCCUAUUGACAGCGUCACGGUUGACGACGACUUCCCGCUCCUCAACGACGCUCCCCUAGUUACUGAAGGAACUACUACGACUACUGCAUUGCCAGCAGACAAGGACUCAGAAGAAACCAACAGUGAACUACUGACCGUCACCGUUUCCACCACAACCACAAAUGCAGGGAUACAGAACGAAGCCACGACUACGGCGGUUCCCAGCAUACCAACUACAACCCAGACUACCACCAGCGGAGCCACGACAGCAUCUACGGCAUUACCCACCACAACAGCACCGCCUCCCACUACGACUGCCCCCGUAGUAGAGGUACGAACGACGAAACCCCUCACUGUGCCAGAGUCCAUCUUCACCUUACCCACAGUACCAACUACGACGACAACCACAACGGAAGAACCAACUCCAACUGUGCCGCAGACACCGAGGCCAAGACAACAAGGCAACCUGCCAACUAUCUUAAGAUCUCUCGUUGAUAACGUCUUUGAUUACUAUGACUACAUUGACUACUACGUGCCUGGAAAGAAACGCAACUUCACCCUCGAAGUUCCACAGCAAGGGGACUUACCGGAGGUUUCCGAACCGGUAGUUGACAUCUUAGAGAAAAGGAUAGAAGAGGCUCAACUUCCGAAUAGCACCGCAAGUGAGGAACAAGAAGCCAGCGUGGAAGACCUUCCACAAGGAGACGAACCGCCGAGGAGCGAUGAUGAACCUAUUGUGGUGACGGCAGACCCGGUUGAAGAAGAAAAGAGGAGACAGGAACUCGCCAGCAGGCUGACGGUGGAGAACCUCCGCAGAGAACCAGAGGAAGUGGUUUCUACAACGCAAGCAACUACCACGGCCACUGAAGAGCCUAGCACUACCGUGUCCACUACGACUGAACCACCGCAGAGUUCCACAACGACGCCUGUGGCAACUACUACGCUUCCGGAACUUUCGACAACGCAAGCAGCUGGUACAGUGGAAGCCAUCUCCCAACAGACUACCACCACAACAACGCAAAGCGAAACUACCACAUCCUCCCCUUCCUCGACAACUGAACUUCCUUCUUCGACCACCAUUUCAUCAACUACUGAGCCUUCAACAGCGUCACCCACAACGCUACCCGCGACUUCUGCCCCAACAACAACAACAACAACUACUACUACUACUACUACUACUACUGGAGCAGUAACCGAUCAACCUUCAACUACUCAACAAGCUGUUGAAGCCCGCUCUGCAACGACAGCCUCAUCCACAACGCAAGAAACAACUUCAGCUACGGCCACGACAGAAGCUCCCUCUACAACCACAGAAUCCUCGUCAACAACCACUGCCUCAGCUACUACGACGCUUCGCACGACAACCGAAGUACCUACGACAGCAGCAGAGACAACGCAAGCGACUUCUACAACACAGCAAUCCAUUACUGUUCCAUCGACGACGCAAACGGUCACGCAGCCUCCCAGCACGACACCCACCGAAUCCAGCCCUGCCACGACGUCAGCUCCCGUCACGGAGGGUGUCUUAGCCUCGACGACACCCUCUCCUCCCCAGACCACAACGCUCGUCAACGAAGUAGCCACCCCAGAAUCAUCUCCAGUUCCGUCGCAAAACCUCAACGAUCUGUCAGGUUUCCAGUCUGACCAAGCCCCAGUCCAGAACAAGACCGACGUCGCUUCUGCAGCUAAACCCAAAAACAACGACGUCGAAUACAUCGACUACGUCUAUUACUACGACUACGUCGACGUCCCCGACUCCAACGCGACCUCCAACGGCACCGUCCCCUCUUCGACUGCGGCAAAGGCGACCACCUUGAAGGAAGACGUGGCGCAGGAAGUGAACUAGUGAUUUAUAGCACACUCUCUAGUGUGUUCUUAAAAAAACUGACGUUUUUUUUUAUUUUUUCUAUUUAAAUCUGCAAGACACGCGAGGACUGAAUGCCCCUAGGAGUCUCUAGUCGGCAUCUUCAAUGAACAAUCGACAAGAUUCGUGAAUGUAAAGGGUCUUCAUACUGCGAAGACGAGUGCCUGCUUCCGCGAGAUCCUGGUUCUCGAAUGUUCGAUUCCCGUGAAUUAGUUCGCACGCGACAUAAGAAAUGUUGACGUUUCUUUGCACUACUCGCAGGCUUGGCUGGAUCAGCGCGCGAAUUUCGUCAGUAAAAAGCGAGUUCGGCACGGUUGUUAAGCCUUGCCGCGUGUAAAUAUCUCGUCUCCGUUAUCUAAUGAUAGAAGUGGCACGAUAACGAUAUCUCGCACGGCGAUCCGGCAAUAUCAUGCUAAGAGCAGUGUGAACGAGGUUCAACGAUUGCAGAAGCGAACGAAGGUUUUUUUGAAGGGGUAUAUGGGAGAGGUGUUCAGCAGAGAAUGUUGGCCAACCAUAUGGAUCGGAUGUUUUGUUGGUGCACGAGUGUUAGCCCAUGAUUUACUUCCGCGUUUUUUUAUUACCCAGCGGCUACAGCAGCGCAAUGCACUGAAAGUGAAAAGGAGCGCACGGGCAGCCGAGGUCCCUUUUCUCUCUUUGUGCACAGCGCAACGAGUUCAAAGGCUAUCGCUCAUACCUGUGCGCUAGGACUUUCAGUACACUGACCUGUGUAACAAACGCUAAGACUCAUCAUUCUGCUUCACACUCUGAUGGCACUUUACAUGCGCUCACAUCUCCUUGCAUCACCACUUACUUAAUGAGUUUGGGACAGCUCCCCUUCAAGUCGGCCCAGCUAGGACGCAUACUAACCUCCUUUUCCCCCACUUCUUCCUGCUGUAGUUUCUCCAUCUGUCCUCGUCCGUACGCCGCUAUAUUUCAACCAAGUUGCUCGCGGUGCAAACACGGUAUAUAUAUAAAAAAAUAUUUACGAAUCUUUCUAGUUUGAAAUUUUAUCCUCUCAGCCUUCCUUGUCUGCUUUCAUUUCUUUCUUCCUCUAGACCGUUUCGCGACCUAACGACACCAACGAAGAAUUGCCGCUUAUUUUUUCAGAAGCUCGCAACAAUAAGGUAGAUUCAAGUACUGACACACAACCCAAGCAGCACACAAUGCUAAUGUGCAUAGGGGGAACGGGUAGCUCAAUGAAGCACUCCGCAAGAAAGACACCUGCGAACCGCCCCAUAUGCACAUCAACUUUCGGUACAUUAUGCAGCUUGGUAGUGGGCAGGCACACGUACUACUUGCGACACACUUGUCUCAAAUAUCGAAGCGCUCCGCAAGUAUCCCCUAUCAAAUGUGCCGCUUGACCUGUCGUGCGCUUGCGUGUAUCAUACCGUCCUCCCCUCCGAUCGAGUUCACGUUUUUUGGAAGGCGACACUGAUGGUAGGGGAUACCUACGGCUCCAGAUUUCAGACAGGUUUGUCGCAAACUGUACAAACUAGAAGUAACGCUGACGGCUGGACGUGCUCCUUCAGACUUGUUUGAACAGCACAUGACGUGGUAGCCCAUAUGAUUAAUCCACUAACAAUAGUGAAACACGAGUGAUUCUGGGCAUCUUCCGAUGCCGUUCACGUAGCGUUAUCCAUGAGCUACCUUUUCGCGAGGGUUCCCUUACUGUACAUAAAAGUAUAGUUUGCAAAGAAACCGUUCAAGCAAAUGCCACUGCAAAUGCCUCCAUUAUGACGGCAUAUUCCGCAUCUAAAAGCACGUGUAUGUCUCAACCGAGCAAUAGUGCCAAAACAGAGAGCUUCACUUCGCGAAAUAAACUGCGUCGUAAAGCAUUAGCUGCGUUUACGUGAACACGACACAAGCGUAUCGAAUCGAGUCGAAACAGGAAAGACGACGAUACGACACGGUUAUGGCUAGGGCGAAGAUUGCGCCAUGCCGUGUCAUAUUGUAAAGUUAGAAACGCACUUCCGCAAAUGAUGCCGUUUCCGGUGUCCGACAACUUCGCACCAAACGUGAAAACAUCGGGAACGUGGAGCCUACGCCGCGUUGUCACGCGUACUUCAGAAGGAACUCUAUUCUGCGAGCACUGCUGGUCCUGUCAAAUGUAGACGACUAACCUACACAACUAAAACGGAACGUGGCUGGGUACAUUUUGUCAACCCCGACUAGCAGUGUAAGUGUAGUAGACCUAGCAGACGACGCAACUGACCCGUAGCGAACGCCCCCUUCCCGUAAUCCACCGUCCAUUUAGCGGAUUGGAUACGAUACGCACUCCUAACGAAGACCAGUUUACGUGGGCGGAUUCGAUUCGACAACUGGAUACGACACGCUUGUGUGGUGUGCAUAAAACGCGGCUAUUGACAUCGCCUACGCUACCUCCAAUAACAGCUCCCGCCAACCGCUCCGGAUAGAUGAGAAUACUUGACACCAGUGACAAGCGUCUAUUGCAUCGUAAAUUACGGGAUGUAACGAAUGGUGGGUGCCUCCACUAUUUUUUGGGGUUUGUUGACACGAUAAUAUAAAUAAAACGUUGUUAC